AUGAGCAGAGCACAAGAGCUGCUGUUGAAGCAAUGGGAAGUUGAGAUUCAUCACAUCUACAGGGAAGGAAACAAAUGUGCUGAUUUUUUGGCCAACCUGGGGCAUACCCUUGAUAUUGGUAUCCACUGUAUCCCGAUCGAUCAUAGUGAACUGAACAAUUUGAUCUUGUACGACAGGCAGGGCCUUUCAGAGCCCAGGAAUAUUAUAAUAAACUGA